AUGGCUAAGCCAAGACCUUCAGACACCUCCAAAGAUCAAUCGAGAGCAAAUAUACAUAAUCAAACUCCUUUCAAAGUUAAAACGUAUCCUUUCAAGAAAAACCUGGACCGCGCUUCUUCUCGUAACUUUUUAAUUAAGAAAUCGAGCAGGCAAAAAUCAUACAAAGAAAAACAUGAUAUCGGUGGUCGACGUUCGUGUGUCCCGACUUAUAGCCAGGAUGGUCGUUUAUUCUAUGAUUUGUACGCUCGCUUUGGCCCUCUAAGGACGUUUGCGGCUGGCUCUGAGACUUCUAAAGAACAAUAUACAUCUCAUUCCUCGUUUGACAGGCAAUUGUUUCGUAAUCGGCGUUGCGGACACAGCUUAAAUUCUUCUAUAAAGAAUGAAUCGAAUUCAUCCAAAGGAGAUAUAAUCAAGCCGAAAUCUCUUCCUACUAAGAAUAGCUCAAAAAUUCCCUUUUCUAAUGGAAGUAAACGCAUUGCUAGCAUUACCUCUUCGUUUAAAAAUAGUCUCAUUAUUCGUAAAGAAAUCCUCAUUGAGGAUUCUAUUUCUAAUUCAAAAUGCUCAAAAUUACCGGAACACUACAUUAAAAAGAAGAAUCUUAUUUAUGAUACGAAAAAGACGCAAUCUAAAAAACAACUAAGUGAAAAACGAUUAAAGCGCGAACUUGGGGAUGACUAUAAGGAGCCGCCGCAUCAUUUAGGCAAGCGAGUAGCCAGUCUAAACGCUUGCGCCAUUAUUAAUGCCUUUAGUGUUGAUUCAAAGCCUAAAAAAAAAGAAACGGUUUCAUCAAGCAAAUCGAACAAGCGGAUAUCAAAUGAUUCCCUCUCGAUGGUCAUGCUCGUUAACAAGUCAGGAGAGCUAAAUAUAGAGAACACAGUUGAUACUCCUGCUUCAAUUUCGCCACCUAUACUACAGCCAUAUUGUGCCUCGGUUGCGCAUCCUGGUUUUGCUAAGCUCGGCCCACCGAAUCUAAUUGCAAGCGAAGCAGCUUCGGCCCCAUCUCAUUCUCCUUCCACUCCUAUUAUUAAACAGAUAACUACUAAACCAAAGCGAUCUGUUUCAAAAAAAAGGCUGACUGAUCCACCCCUUAUUCAGCCGCUAAAUAAGCCACUUGUUCCCAGUGAAUCUGUUUCCAGUACUAUUCCGACUGCAUAUCCGCUACCUAGUGUCGAAAGCUAUCACGCACAGAAAGUCAUUCCUUAUGGACCUGAUGGAAGUUCAGGAUAUCAAAAAAUUACCCAUCAAAUCGUACGUAUAAAUUCUUCAAGAAGUGACCUUCAUGAUCAAGGCUUUUCUUCAUCCUGCCUUUCACACCCACUUAUAGUUCAACCUCGCUCGUCACCAUCGAUUAGAAUUCCCCAAGUGCCACAA